AUGGAGGCCCUCAAUGAGUCUGCCCAGUUCAACUUCUCCCUGCCGCACAACUUCGGCAAGCGGCCCACCGACUGGGCACUGAGCGUCAUCCUGGUGAUCAUGCUGUUAACCAUCAUGCUCUCACUGGGCUGCACCAUGGAGUUCAGCAAGAUCAAGGUGCACUUCUGGAAGCCUAAGGGGCUGGCCAUCGCCCUGGUGGCGCAGUACGGCGUCAUGCCCCUCACUGCCUUUGCACUGGGCAAGGUCUUCCAGCUGAACAACGUCGAGGCACUGGCCAUCCUGAUCUGUGGCUGCUCGCCGGGGGGGAACCUCUCCAACGUCUUCACUCUGGCCAUGAAAGGGGACAUGAACCUCAGCAUCGUGAUGACCACCUGCUCCACCUUCUUUGCCCUGGGCAUGAUGCCCCUCCUCCUGUACAUUUACUCCAGGGGCAUCUAUGAUGGGACCCUGAAGGACAAGGUGCCCUAUGGCGGCAUCAUCAUAUCACUGAUCCUGAUUCUCAUUCCUUGCACCAUAGGCAUCAUCCUCAAAUCCAAACGGCCACAAUACGUACGUUAUGUCACCAAGGGAGGGAUGAUCCUCCUGCUUUUGUGCAGUGUGGCUGUCGUAGUGCUCUCUGUCCUCAAUGUGGGCAAGAGCAUUUUGUUUGUCAUGACACCACACUUGCUGGCCACCUCCUCCCUGAUGCCUUUCAUCGGCUUCCUGCUAGGCUACAUUCUCUCUGCUCUGUUCUGCCUUAACAGACGGUGCAGACGCACCGUCAGCAUGGAGACUGGAUGCCAAAAUAUUCAACUCUGCUCCACCAUCCUCAACGUGACCUUCCCCCCUGAAGUCAUUGGACCACUUUUCUUCUUUCCUCUCCUCUAUAUGAUUUUCCAGCUUGGAGAAGGGCUUCUCCUCAUUGCCAUCUUUCGGUGCUAUGAGAAAAUCAAGCCUUCCAAGCAUAAAACAGAAAUGAUCUACAAAGCUGACACACCUGAAGAAACCAUUCCAACAGCUCUGGGAAAUGGCACCCACAAAGGGGAGGCGUGCCCCCCUUACACAGCCUAG